AUGAAAGGCUGCCUGCUCCUGCCCCUUCUCCUGCUGGGGACAGUUUCUGCUCUCUACCUGGAGAAGGAUGCCCCCCAUCUGGGUGAUCCAGAGACACAGGCAGACCUGAGCCAGGAUCUGGAAGGCUCAGGGGGGCAGGAAGGAGAGCUGGCCCUGAGUGGUGAGGUGCUUGAGUCGGAGGGAGAGGAGGCCGAGGACGCCCAUGACGAUGAGGGGGACUCAGACCCAGAUGACUUAGAUGAGGACGUGCAGUGCCCCAAGGAAGAGGAGACAGUGCAACUUCCAGGCAGUCCUGAGUGCAAGAGCUGCCGCUACAGGAUUGUGCGGACUCCAAAGAGGUUUAAGAAAGCUCAGAGAGUCUGCAGGAAGUGCUACCGAGGCAACCUCGCCUCCAUCCACAACUUGAAAUUCAACUCUUAUAUUCAGCACUUGGCCACGGGUAUCAAUGAAGCACAGGUCUGGAUCGGAGGCUUCAUCAGAGGUUGGUACCUGUGGAGGAAAUAUCGCUGGACUGAUGGGAGUUCUUGGAAUUUUACAUACUGGGCACUAUGGCAACCUAAGUUUGGAAGAGGCCGCUGUGUAGCCCUGUGCACCAGAGGGGGUCGCUGGCGACGAGCUCCGUGCAAAAGGCGGCUGCCCUUCAUCUGCUCCUACUAA